UGUUCUACGUCGGCCAAGUGUGUGUUACAGAUUACGUUCAGAGUUACGUACGUGUGGUGUGUGCCUUAUAGCAGAGACGUGGACGGCCAGCACCCGCAUCCAUCCAUCCAUCCACCCAUCCAGCCAUUGUUGUCUGGGCCGCAGUGGGCGUGGUAGCUCUGUCAGGGCGCCUGGCACCCCCAUCCUCGCCACAAGUAUCAGACCACCAUCAUGUCCACCCGUGUCUAUGUAGGGGGUUUGAGCCAUCGAGCCCGGGAACGGGAUGUGGAGAAGUUCUUCCGCAAAUACGGCCGCAUCAAGGAGAUCUCACUCAAGAACGGCUACUGCUUUGUCGAAUUCGAAGACUAUCGGGACGCUGACGAUGCCGUGUACGAAUGCAAUGGCAAGGAUGUCCUGGGCGAGAGGGUAAAUGUGGAGAUUGCCCGGGGCACGCCUCAUGGCCGGGACCGCGAACGUUGGGGUACGAGUGACCGAGGAGGCGGCGGAGAUCGGGGCGGAAGUCGCCGCGAUCGAUCACCCCGCGGGGGCGGAGGUGGCGGUCGCGAUCGCCGCGAAAGUCGCGACUCCCGCGGUCGCCCCGUUUGGUUGGAGAAGUACGGUCCGCCGACCAGGACCGACCAUAAGGUCAUUGUGGAGAAUUUGUCGAGCCGUGUGAGCUGGCAGGACCUCAAGGACUACAUGCGCCAAGCUGGAGAGGUCACUUACGCCGAUGCCCACAAGAACCGCCGCAAUGAGGGUUGUGUGGAGUUUGCCAACUUCGAUGACAUGAAAACCGCCGUUGAGAAACUGGACGGAACCGAGCUGAAUGGACGCAAGAUCAAGUUAAUCGAAGCCUCGCGUCGACGCCGCUCUCGAUCAGAUAGUAGGAGUCGGUCCCGAUCCAGAAGCCGCUCUCGCAGUAGAUCUCCCCGACGCUCCAGGACAAAAUCUCGAUCCAAGUCCAAAUCUAGAUCCCGCUCCAGAUCCAGAUCCGGUGAAGGAGUCAAGGCGAAAUCAGCUUCUCGAUCCCGCUCGCGAUCUCGAUCCAAGGAACUGGUCGAAGAGAAGCGCGACAACGGAAAGAAGGAAUCAAGAGAGCGAUCGGCCUCCCGCGAGAAAUCCUGCAGUCGUAGCAGAAGUCGCUCUCGAUCACCGGCUGAGAAUGGUCGCAACUACGACGAGAAAGAAGACGACGACAGAGCGGAUUCGCGCACCGAAGACAGGGAAAAUGGAGAUCGCGAAGAUGAUUAGAUGAACGG